GAGCAAGAAAAACUAAAUCAGGAGAAACUUAAUCAGUUAAAUCAAAACACAGGGCAACAAAAUGUUUCAUCUUUAGAAAAUACCCCACAAGUUAUUCUUCCAAAUUCCACUCAGAGCAGUACAUCUAAGGAACAACUUUCCGCAACCACCAACAUUCCUACAAUUAUAGCACCAGACAUUAGUGAAAGUGAACCACUUAGCUCACUUCCAGUUGUAACUGGUUCUAACCAGAGUAAAACCAGCUCACAACCAGUCGAAACUGGAUCUAAACCAGUCGCAACCUCAACACCUCUAACUGUGGAUAUUCCAGAUAGUGCAGUUAGUAGAACAUUGUCGUCUCCAAAACAGUCAACUGUGUCUCUUAGUCCAAGAACACGACAUAAGUUUAUCGUCACACCUACACUGCAGGACAGUACCGGGCAUCCCCUUUCAGGUGCCUCUUUAGAAGCUCACUACGGGAAUGCUAAAAAUACAAUAAAAAAUAUACCAGAUGUUACUAUUAAAAUCUCUGAUGAUAGUCGGGUUAAAAAUGAGAAUCCUUUAGUGGAUGAUGAACAUAUAAAAAGUCAGUCAGAUGACAGUAUAGGUGUCAAAAGUGAAAUUGUGGACUCUGAGGCCAAAGCAUUUGAUAGCCUUACAGAGGAUAGGAAUGUAGAGGCUGUUGAGAGCCCAUUGGAGGAUACAGGACAACAUCUGCCACAUUCUGACUCCCUGGAUCUAUAUAAGCUUCAACAACAGAUUAAGCAACAAGACAAUAAAACUAGUACAUGUGAUAAAAUUGAAGAAGUAACUAUAGCAGAUCCUAAAAUAGGCGGCGUGAAUACACCUCCUGUGCCAUUACCUUUAAAAACUGGUGACUCACCCGGCACCAGCAAACUGAAUGCAAUAGACCCCACACAUAGCCAAAAUACAGAAGCUAAAAUAGACUCUGAAACGCAUGGAGAACAAAGCAGUAAACAAGAUGCUACACAAGAAGCUAAAAAGGACUCUAAUGCGCAUAACGAGCCAAGCAGUAAACAAGAUGCUACAC